UGCCAGUGUGACAGCGCCGUGGCCGUGGCCGUGGCCGUGGGGCGCGCGGGGACCGCCCGGGGUGCCCGCUCCGCUCAGCGUCGCGGCCGCGUGGCCCGGCGGAGCCCCGAGACCACCCCCGGGCGGGGCGCCGCCGCGAUGUCGGUGGCUGGGCUCAAGAAGCAGUUCCACAAAGCCAGCCAGCUGUUUAGUGAAAAAAUAAGUGGUGCCGAAGGAACGAAGCUAGAUGAAGAAUUUCUGGACAUGGAAAAGAAAAUAGAUAUUACCAGUAAAGCUGUAGCAGAAAUUCUUUCAAAAGCCACAGAGUAUCUCCAGCCCAAUCCAGCAUACAGAGCUAAGCUAGGGAUGCUGAACACUAUGUCGAAGCUCCGAGGGCAGGUGAAGGCCACCGGCUACCCACAGACAGAAGGCUUGCUGGGGGACUGCAUGCUGAAGUACGGCAAGGAACUUGGAGAAGACUCUGCUUUUGGCAACUCAUUGGUAGAUGUUGGUGAGGCCCUGAAACUCAUGGCUGAGGUGAAAGACUCUCUGGAUAUUAAUGUGAAGCAAACUUUUAUUGAUCCGCUUCAGCUACUGCAAGACAAAGAUUUAAAAGAGAUUGGGCACCACCUGAGAAAGCUGGAAGGCCGCCGCCUGGAUUACGAUUAUAAGAAGAAGCGGGUAGGUAGGAUCCCCGAGGAAGAAAUACGACAAGCAGUAGAAAAGUUUGAAGAGUCAAAGGAGUUGGCCGAAAGAAGCAUGUUUAAUUUUUUAGAAAAUGAUGUAGAGCAAGUCAGCCAGCUGGCUGUGUUUGUAGAGGCGGCAUUAGACUAUCACAGGCAGUCCACAGAGAUCCUCCAGGAGCUGCAGAACAAGCUGGAGCUGCGAAUAGCUCUUGCAUCCAAAGUCCCCAAGCGAGAAUUCAUGCCAAAGCCUGUGAACACGAGUUCCACCGAUGCCAAUGGGGUUGGACCCAGCUCUUCAUCACAGAUAACAGGGACAGGCACUGACGCUCCCUCGGACCAGCCCUGCUGUCGCGGUCUCUAUGACUUUGAGCCAGAAAACGAAGGAGAAUUAGGAUUUAAAGAAGGGGACAUCAUUACGUUAACCAAUCAGAUAGAUGAAAACUGGUACGAAGGAAUGCUCCGUGGGGAAUCCGGCUUCUUCCCCAUUAAUUAUGUGGAAGUCAUUGUGCCUUUACCUCGGUAAAUGUGUCUUUUGGACCUAACUUCAGAACUGAAAUGAACUGGCACCAGUGCUCGCUCAGUGUGGUGUUCUGUGGCAUCCUCGCUCUCUGCCCACUUAAUCACUUUUGUAUGUGUGUUUUCUUUAUAAUGUAUUUUGUAUCAAUUUAAUUUGUAUAACUGAUUUCUUUGUCCUAACUCAUAAAAUUAGUUUUCUUCUUGUUCUAAAAGUCAUUGGUUAAAUGUAUUUGCUUCCUGUUGCUUAAAGUAAAUUGCGCCCAUUCGAGUGGCCUGGGUAGUCCUUAGCUGCAGUGGGAAUGCACCCUUUGCAGCUAUGAAAGCUAAAGAUUUUGUUUCUUGACGUUAUUGAUGGCAUCCGGUCUUUUCCUGUUGUAAGCUUACCUGUGAACGGCCCAAUAAACAUGGCACACUGUG